AAUUAAACUUCAAGACAUGCAUGCAUGCAACUAUAUAUCAUAUAAUAUUAUACAUAUACUCAUGUAGAUCGAUCGAGAUCUAAAUAUGGUUUUUAAUUGGUUUCUAAUAUAUAUUCAACACUAGCUAGCUUGAUCAUCAAUUAUUUGGAGUUUAUUAUAAAGUCAGCUUUUCCAAAACCAUCUUGAAGAGUGAUUAAUCAUCAUAUAUAUAAUCAAAUAUGGCGAAUUCGAAUGAGAGAGUUAUUAUUCCUUCAACAACUAUACCUGUUACUCCAACUCAUGGAGGUACCAAAAAAUCCAUGCUAAGCAACUUGUGUGGUGAUAAUAAUGAUCAAUGGUCUGCCAUGGAAGAAGGAUCACUCAACAAACCAAACUCUACUUCAAGGAAAGGCCCUCCUGUAGUUUCAAUAGCAAGAAAGAUUGGAGCAGAGUUCGUAGGAACUCUAAUGUUGAUAUUCGCAGCGACAGCCAUAGCUAUUUUGAACCCUAACACAAACGAUGCCGAGACUCUAACUGUGGUGGCUGUGGCUACCGGUCUCACCGUCAUGAUAAUUAUCUUCUCUACCGGCCAUAUCUCUGGGGCCCAUCUCAACCCCGUUGUCACCAUCGCCUUUGCUGCCCUAAAACACUUCCCAUGGAGACAGGUGCCAAUGUAUAUUGGAGCUCAAGUGUUGGGGUCUCUUUGUGCUGCAUUUGCAUUAAAGGCAGUGUUUCAUCCCUUGACGGGUUCCGGUGGUGUCACUGUUCCUACUGUCCCUAAUGGCCAAGCUUUUGCUUUGGAGUUCAUUGUUACCUUCAUUCUCAUGUUUGUUAACAUGGCCGUCGCCACCGAUACUAGAGCUGUGGGAGAGUUGGCUGGAAUUGCAGUGGGAGCAACUGUGAUGCUCAAUAAUUUUAUUGCUGGGCCAAGAUCAGGAGCUUCAAUGAACCCAGUGAGAACUUUAGGGCCAGCUGUGGCUGCACAUAACUUCAAAGCAAUGUGGAUUUAUUUCCUUGCUCCACUUCUCGGAGCUCUUUUCGGGGCCGCCACUUACACCGCCAUUAAGUUGCCGGAGGAGGAUGACGGUGACCAAGGAGAGAAGCCCUCUAGGGCAAGAAGCUUCUCCCGCCAUUAAUUGAUCAUGACAUGCAUGAGAAAAAAAAAAUCUAUAAAUAAUUAAUUAAGAUGAUGAUGAUGAUGAAGAAGAAUUAAUAUAAUAUUAUACUAUUAAUUACGUACGUGUGUGGUUUAAUACAUGUAAUAUUUAUAUAUAUAUGUAUGUAUACUACUAUACGUACGUACUGAAUCAUUAGAUAUGGACCAUCAUGUAAUGCUAUAGCUAGUGACGAUCGUAGAGAUAUAAAAUAUGUAUACGAUAUAUAUAUAUUUUAUAAUAAGGUCACUAGCCUAGAAGCUAAGCAUGCAUGUACUUAUUAAUGUAAUAUGAGGCUUUAAUUAAUGUACGUAUACUCUUAUGUAUAAUAUUUAUUAAUUAUUGA